UACUUGAGUUCACUCACUUUUCUCUCCGUUGGUGAUUUCGUCGCGAGGUGGUCUUUCCUGCUGUCAUGUCUGAAACAGCCCCCGCCGUGGCUGUCGCCGCCGCCGCCCCGGCCCCGGCCUCCAAGGCGCCGGCCAAGAAGGCUAAGAAGGCGGGUGCCGCCAAGGGCCGCAAGGCGUCGGGCCCCAGCGUCACCGAGCUCAUCACCAAGGCGGUGGCGGCGUCCAAGGAGCGCAAAGGCGUCUCCCUGGCGGCCCUCAAGAAGUCUCUGGCGGCCGGAGGCUACGAUGUGGAGAAGAACAACAGCCGCAUCAAGCUGGGGCUGAAAAGCCUGGUUGGCAAAGGCACCCUGGUGCACACCAAGGGCAUCGGCGCCUCCGGCUCCUUCAAACUGGGCAAGAAGUCCGGCGAGGGCAAGGAGAAGCCCGCCAAGAAGAAGCCCGUCAAAGCCAAGAAGCCCGUCGCCAAGAAGGCCGCCGCCGGGGCAGCCAAGAAGCCCAAGAAGGCCGCCGCGGCUGCCAAGAAGAGCCCCAAGAAGCCCAAAAAGCCCGCGGCCGCCAAGAAGGCGGCAAAGAGCCCCAAGAAGGCCAAGCCCGUCAAGCCCAAGAAGGUCGCCAAGAGCCCGGCCAAAGCCAAGGCGGUGAAGCCCAAGACGGCCAAAGCCAAGCCCGCCAAGUCCAAGGCGGCCAAGGGCAAGAAGGCGGCGCCCAAGAAGAAGUAGACGAUGAGACCUCCCCCCCACCAUUUACCAGUCCGUCUGUCUUUCAAAAACCCAAAGGCUCUUUUAAGAGCCACCCACUCGGUCCAAAAAAGAGCUGGCCGCCACUUGGCCGAAGGAGGCAAUCCCUCCUCUUGGAGUCGCCCUUCCUUCACCUGCCUGCCAUCGAGCCUACUUAGGUUAGCUUCUCAUAGACUGAAUUUCACGGCGGGGGAGGGGAGGGAUGUACUUUGCCACGAAAGUACAAGGAGAAGCGGGAGGGGAGCCCCAGAUCACAGCAGUUCGUAUGGUGAAUUAUGAUUAAUGUUUUUGGGAGGGGGAGUAAUUUAAACUUCGGCGAGAGAACAUGAAGUGAAUAAGCGGGGUGGGGGUGGAGGGAAUGUCAAGUACUACGUACCUCCCCUUAAAGCAUGACCUGUCAAGAGCUUUUUUUUCGCGCAGUGAACUAUUUGAAUAUAAUCGGACCUCAGCAUUCUCCCGGACAGGUGGCACAUGAGCGCUAUGUGUUUCCCUCCUGUCCUGUUUGGGGUUGGGGAAUAUUUACUAUUUCAACGCUCACUGAGCUAAGCGGGACUCAAGGGGGGGGGGGGGGAAGCGUGUGUAGGAUUGGGUUUCUUUUAUAUGAGAAAAACUUUCGAGUAUAGUAUCCGAAUCUAUUUCUAGUAUUAAUGCACGUUGACAGCCGCUGUCAGAAGGAACAAGAUACUUUUUCGGCGGGAAUGUGUUCACAUGAUCAUAUAUUGUCAAUAAAGAACUCUUAUUGUGUGUAGUAAUUUAUCAUACUUAAAGCAUGUUUACCGUAGUCCCGAUUUAACUCAGAAAUUAUUUUUACGACCGAGUGAAGAGAAAGUGCGAUUUGCGAAGCGGCUGUCGAAAUAAUUAGUAAAAAUGAUUUUGUGAAUGAA